AUGCCUCGAUAUUCCGAAAACACGUUCAUCAUUUCCGCCGGCGAAAUCCCCAAUAAGAUCCGCAAAUUCUUAUUUUCCAAAUCAGGCUAUGAAGACACAAGUGAACAGGGGCUUAGUCCCGCGAAGUUUGCCAUCUACGCAACUGAGACAACCGGAGAAAAGGCCUAUUGCAUCUUCCGGCUAUGGAAGUUCACUGACUUCCUUGCUAUUUGUGCUUCAACAAAAGAUAACUCUGUAGCCUUAAACGCAGGCCAAAGACGCUCGUUUGUCAAUCAGUCGACCGACACCUCAGACGAGGCGAGAAAUGCAAACCAGACCAUUGCAAUGACCAAUGAGGCCACUGACACCUUCGAACUCAUAAAGCAGAGAAUUGACAGCCUGCAAUAUCGCCGUCAGUGUUUGAGAAAAAUCCUGCAAGAGGUGACUGAUCGGAAGCAUCGUCUCUUCAAGAGAGAGGAUUUCCACCAGGAGAAGCCGGCUCUUGAUAGAAAGCAGAAAGAACUGGCUGAAAGACUCGAAAACGUGCAACGUGAGAUGGAGCAACUGCAGCAAAACAUUCAAAGACGUCGAUCUCAGGCUCUCUGA